GGGCCCGCAAUUACUCCCCAGGGUCAGUGCCUUGUAAAAAGAACCUACAAGUUCAACCGGAUUGCAACAGACAAAGUAGAUUCAUCAAUUCCAACAGUUGUAACGCUCAACCAUCGUCAUCAUCACUGACAGGCGCAAACAUAACGGGUUUGUUUGUUUGUUUUUCAAAUUCUCUCAGGGAUUUAGUAAGCAGGUAUCAACUAUGAAAAUCUAACAAAAUUUAAGUGUUUGGUUUGGCAAAAUACUUGAUUCCGUGUUUCAGUUCCUCAAAAGGUGACAAUUUUCCGUUUGCUAGAUGAAUCAGUUCCACGUCUUGGCACCCGCUAAGGCUAAUAAUAAACGAUCAUUUCAGCCAAUCACCAAACAGCCUUUCUUCCAGAAAGUGCCUACCUUACGGCAAUAUUUACCUCCAGUUCACCGAUCUAAUUGGUUUUCCUUGAACCCACAUAACGUAAUACCAAAACGUUGGGUGAGAUAUGACUCGAGCAACGCAACUGCCAAAUUUGGCGACUUAUUUCAUGAUAGAUAUCAAAUAUUUGUCGGGUUUUUGAUUGCAAUUUUGAGAGGUUUUAAUCUCGAUCACCCAAGCGGAACUGCGCCGUGUGUUUAAAAUAAUGGAUCGCUUCACAGUUUCUUGGGUUUUGUUUGUACUUUGUGUGUGUUCUGCGCUAGGAAAACCGACAAAACAGAAGUCGUCGCACUCAAAAACGAUGGUUAAAAGAUGGGACCUUAUUCUCGAGCAUGACCCAAUCCUCUUAAAGAGCCCACCGUCCGAUUGCCAGAACAUUAUCGACGACUACUCCAAUGGCAAGCUGCUCAUGUACGAAUACAAAAUUCAAAUGUCGCGCUGCAUGAAGAAAGCCAAAGAUGACGCAGAGGGUACAUCCGACGCUGACGUGAAAUCAGCACUCUUACGUCCUGAUGAUCAGCCAAGAGAAGACACUGAUCAGGCGAUCAAUGUCAGACCUUACAACAGUGACCAGAGUACAGCGACUGAACAAGACUCUGAAGACGACUAUCAAACUGAUAACAGCGACUUUAGCGAGCAUAAUAACGAUAACGACAAUGACUACGGUGAUGAUGAUGAUGACGAUGAAAGCUACGACCAUGACGAACAAGCAGCCAAAAAGAUGCAAGUCCCUGCAACCGCAGGCUACCAGACUCCCGACAUUUUUGUGCAGGCAAACACGAUGCCAGCUCAACAGCAAGUAAUGCCCGGACAACAAGCCGCCUCAUACUACCCCAACACGGCCCAGAUGCCAUAUAGUGGGGCUCCUGCACAGAAUCCAGUACCAGAGCAGAGUCAAGCAGCAUUCGUGCCUAGUCCCAUGAACCAAUACCCGGCCAAUCCUUCUGCUGUUCAACCAGCUGAUCCAAACAUGGGCAUGAAUGCCGUGGCCAAGACUAACAUACCAGAGAACACACAGCUCCAGCCCCCUGCAAACCAAGCAAAUGCAGUCUUCGACCAAUGGCGUGCUAGCAGUUUUGGCGCAGUAUCCGCUGACAAAAAAGAUCAAAUGCCCAGUGCACCUGUUGCUCCUGUAAAUGACCAGUUUGCCGACUUUAUGAAGCUGCAGUCGUCCAGCAGUAACCCCGCAGAGGCAUCGCCUGCGAGCCAGCAGGCUGCUAUGCCAGCAGCGAUCCAGCAAAGAACUGAAGUUCCACAACAGCCAAAUAUGUUUCCCGUCCAGCCCCAGAUCCCCAACACCGUCCCGGCCCAAGGCCAAGCCUUUUACAUGCAACCAGAAGAGCAUGGAGAUUUCCCUGAAAAUCCAUGAGAAUAAAAGUUCUCAGUUUAAUAAAUGACUCUUGAAGGUAGUAACAUAACUUAACUCACCAUGUGAAGUGUUCUGCCAUGCAAGAAAUUUUCUCGUUGGAGAGGUCACGCUCAUUUUAGAACGAGUUGUCAGUACAUGUCAGACAGUCGUUCAUUUUCAUACAGUGACCGUUUGCCGGAAUCCGGUCUGCCUGUUCAUGCCGGUCUCAACCUUACUGAGAGACUUUACGACUGAUAACUGCAGCAAAAUAAAGAUCUUAUAUUUCUAA